CCCUCAUUGGCUUAUCUAUGGGAGAGCGGACGGGAUCCCGAGUUUUCCAAUGGGUAUGGUCGUAUGUGGUAGGGGAAGGACACUCGGUGGCUCAUCACGGACGGCCAGGAAGUGCAGUAGCUUUUCUGGUUGUUAGCACUGAACCACGGAACCUGCACAUGCAAGGCGACUUGAAUGAGAUAAUGGGAAGAUAAAAGAAAGAAGAGUCUGUUUGAGGCAAUGGAAGCGGUGAUUUAGUGGCGGACUAUUCUUCAAGAAUUGGCCUACCCUGCGUGGGCAUAUCACGCAACGCCUCAGUAUUCGAGACUACCAAGUAUUCGACUCGAGAGAAACACUACCCCUCUUUCAACUUUGAGUGAUAUUGGACCGAGGUAUCACAACUGAUUGGUUUCAUA